AUGAGUAAUCUAAUUGCCGGGGAUGAGGAGAAGAGCGCUCCCGUUGAUGGGGAUGCGAUUGCUCCGACUGAAACUGCACCCGUUCCGCACACAUCAAACCAAGCAGAGCAGGAGAAGAAGUCAAGUGCAAUCCCUAAUCUAGAGGGCAAUACUGGUAACCAGUCAGGAGACUCUGAACAAGGGAGAAGACCAUCAAGAGCUGCCGAUGGUCCAUAUUGCAUACUGGCGGAACGGCAAAAGGUCUUUAUUUUCCAAGGGAUAGCUCCAUCCUUCAUCGGAAACUUCUCAGAUAUCCAUGGCCGACGGCCAGCAUACCUGAUCUGCUUUACAAUAUACCUGGCAGCUAAUAUCGGAUUGGAAAUUCAAAACGACUAUGCAGCCCUCAUGGUCCUUCGAUGUCUUCAGAGCUCCGGAAGUAGCGGUACCAUUGCACUGGGUAGUGCAACAGUUGCUGACAUAUCGACCCGCGCUGAAAGAGGGAAAUAUAUUGGAUACGCGACCAUGGGAGUCACGCUUGGACCAGCUUUGGGUCCUAUUAUCGGAGGAUUGAUAGAUCAUUACUUGGGUUGGCGGUGGAUUUUUCGGUUUUUGAUUAUCCUCGCCGGAGUGUAUGCGACUUUUCUCGUCGUUUUCCUUCCAGAGACAUGCCGUGCAGUUGUGGGUGACGGAUCUGUACCGACCGCCAAGUGGAAUCGAUCUGUGUGGCAGAUUGUGAGUAGCAAGCUCCAACCCUCGAAGAUCAAGGAACCAAACUAUGAUUCCGUGCAAAAACGCAAGCGCCGACCCAACGUCUUUGCUUCUGCAUUGAUUGCCACUGAGAAGGAACCUGCCAUCAUCCUGGCUUAUGGAUCUUUGAUUUAUUGCGGUUAUAUGUCUGUUUUGAGCACACUGACAUCUCAACUAAAGACCCAGUACGGCUUUAAUUCAAUCCAAAUCGGGCUGUGCUAUCUUCCACUAGGCUGUGGUAGCCUGACUUCUCGAUGGACGGUAGGGUUCCUGCUUGACUGGAAUUUCAAACGGGAAGCUGCACGACAGGGCAUGCCAAUAAUCAAGAACCGACAACAAAAUAUUGAAAAGUUCAAUAUCGAGGUGGCCCGACUUGCAAUCACCAUCCCGUUUGUGUACGGAGGCGCACUGUGUUUGAUUGCCUACGGAUGGGUAAUGCAAUUCAAAACCUCUCUCCCAGGACCAAUGGUCAUGCUGUUCUUCAUGGGCCAUUUGACCACUGGAGCUUUUAGUUCACUGAACACAUUGAUCGUUGACACGCAACCUGGAAGUCCAGCAACAGCUGUGGCUGCAAACAAUCUCUGGCGUUGCCUGACUGCUGCCGGCGCAGUUGCAGCAGCAGGUCCCCUAAUUGAACGAAUUGGAAUUGGUUGGACCGCUAGUUUUAUUGCAUUCCUGUGGCUAUUGUUCAGUCCGUUGAUGUGGGCGGUUUAUAAAAUGGGAUAUGUUUGGCGGGAAAAUUUGCGCAAGAAGCGUGAACAUUCAGUUUAG